CCCUCUGUUCCCUCAUGUGGGUGCCAUGAGGAGGCUGAACAGACCAAGAGCCCCCAGCCACCCCUCAUCUGGCUUCCCCUUCCCCAUCUUCACUGCCCUCCUUUGGACACUAUGAUAGCUCCAUAUCUUCCUUAUGUAUCGCUGUGCUCCAAAACGCCCCAAUAUCGCAGAAGCCAUUCAUGCCAUUCUGGUUUACAGCCAGAAUGUGGAAGAACUUCUGAGACGCAGGAAGGUCUAUCGAGAAAUAAUCUUUAAGUAUUUGGCAGCACAAGGAAUUCCAGUCCCUCCUUCCUUGGAGAAACAUCUGCUCAUUGACCGUGUGAGGCAGUUCUGGAGUGGGCAGCUCUCAGCUCGAGCCUUGGAGUCAGGGCAGACAAAACCGCAUGCAGAGAGUCAUGGAGAGGGAGGAAAGCCACCACAAGAUGACAUUGGUGGUCUGGGAGGACAAUUCUGUCAGUGGUACUUUGAACUCCUGAACUCUCAACAUCCCUUGGGAGUAAAAUCUGAAGAUACGUGGGGACCACAGCAUUUCUGGGAGGAUGCCAGAAUGAAAUUCUGCUACAACACUUCGGAAAAGAACAUGGAACAGUACGUUGGUGCAGACAUGGUGAGCCUUCGGCUGCUCUCUUUGGUGAAGGAGGAAUGUCUUCUCUUCAACCCCAACCUGCAUGGCAAUGGCCUCAAAUAUGCCAUGUCUCCUCAUGGCUUGGUGCUGGUGGCAGUGGCUGGCACAGUGCACAGAGACAACACUUGUUUGGGCAUCUUUGAGCAAAUCUUUGGACUCAUCAACUGCCCCGUCAGGAAUAACACCUGGAAAAUAAAACUCGUGAAUCUUAAAAUAGUCGGACAGAACGCUCUGGAGCCUGGGAUGCAGAUUGAGGAACCCUCCAUAAAAUAUGAGCUGAACCAACUGAGAGAGUUCUAUGAUGGGAAGGAACUGACCGUGUUUGAACCUCAGAAAUUCUGAGAAUCUCAGAAAUUUUUUUGCACUGGGUCAGGGUGGAUGCUUGCACCCUUUUCUGAGUAAGAUUUUCUGGGUGGCACACUGAGAUACAAAGUCUAAAGUAUUAACACAAGGAUUACUUGUGGGCACCUUUCCAAGAGCUAUCACAGUAUUACUUCAGGUUUUGCACUGUAGAGUGGAGUUAGUUUGGUUAUCCUGGUACAAAACGUGGUUACAUUUCACUAUGGGCUGGCAGGAAUGUGGAACAGAUGACCUGGGGUUCACAAACUGCACAUUCCUUCUCUUCAAGACACCAGUUUAAACUCUUACCUGAGAUGGAGUAGGAAGUCGUCACACUUGACUUUGGGAAUUUGGGAUGGGCAGGUGUCUAAAUGGACAUCUAAGUCCCAAGAAGCUUUUGGAGAGGGCAGACAAAAUUCUGUGAGUGGAGGGAUGGAGGCAGCUGCCAUUUAUGUUCUGAAUGUGGUUUAAUGGGACAUUGCAGGGAAUUUAACACUGUUGAAGUCUUUUUUUGUUUGCCUUUGGAUGUAUAACUUCCUUUCCUUUUACCUUAUGGUUCCAACUUCUUAAUGAACACAAACUGCUGUUCUGUGUCCCCAAACAGACAGGUUUGAGAUGGUUGCCCAGGCACCCAUUUCUAGCACUGGCUCUCUUGGAUCAAGUAGUUCAUUCCAUAACUUGCAGCAGCACUGUAUGAACCAAAUGCUUUGAUAGUUAUUUUGUAUAUAAUUAUAACAGAGUUCUUUAUAUAAUAGUUGUGAUUUUUGUAUGUUUCCUCAAAAUAAGUAUUUUGUGUACUCUGAGCUGCUUUAUUCCAUUGACUGGAAAUCAGUUUGUUAACACUGGCUGGUUACAACAAUAGGUCAUACUAAGAAAAGUAUCCAAAUACUACUCAAUAACUGAAAUUACUGCAAUUAUAGACCUUGAUUUUUUUUUACUUUAUUUAUUUAUAAGGAAUUAGAGGUGAAA